UACAAACUUACAUGACUGAUAAUUAGACAUAAAAUUGGGGAGAUCUAUCAUCUGAUGAGGAAAAUGAAAAGCCUUAGGUAGAUUCUUAAAACUCAAGAUCUCAAAAUUAAUAAGGAGGAUAUAGAUAGCGUAAUAAUUAAUUUUUAUAAGGCAUAUCAGAAAGGUAAUAAAGACAAACACAAUAAUAAACAUAAGGAGAAGAAAAUAAUUAGAACUUAGAAAAUGAUGAACAUGAUAAUGAUACUAAUAAUCCUGAUCAAUCUAAUUAAUAGGGGAACUAUAAUCAGAGAAAUAAUCAAUCUAAAAAAGGUUAGAGAGAUAACAAAGAUAGAAGAAACAGAGGAGAUGGUAAUUAUAGAGGAAAUAGAGACAAUUAAAAGAAUUAUAAAAAUAGAGAUUAUUAUACAAAAGAUGAUAGAAAUGAUAGAUAAGAUAGAAAUGAUAGAUAAGAUAGAUAAGAUAGAAAUGAAAGAAAUAAUAGAUAAGAUAGAAAUGACAGAAAUGAUAGGAAUGAUAGAAGAAAUUAAGAAAGGGACAACACAGGUAUAAAAUUUAAUAAUUAAUUAAGAAUUUAUUGAGUAAAAGAAGGAACAACUGAAAAAUUUUAAAGGAGAUAGUAUAAAUUUAUUAAUUCAUUUUAAACUGACUGAAAAUUAAUUGAAUGAAGCAUUAAAAGAAAUUAUGAUGAAAAACUUAGUUUUUACAUAAGAUUAAACAAGUUUUGAUGUUGAUAUGGAGAAUGCUACAAAAUUAUUAGAAGUUUAUAGAUUAUAAAUUGUAUAAAGUUUAUUUUUAUAAUUUUCUUAGGAAAUAGAUGGCAGACAUCAAAAACUUUAUAUGAGAAUUGGAUCAGAUCAUGAAAAAAAUAAUUUUGGAAAUAGAGGAGGAUAUUAAAAAUAAAAUUAUUAGUAAAGAUAAUAAUAAUAUAAUGACAAUCAAAAUGAUUAUGGAAACAGAAAUAGAGAAGGAAAGUUUUAAAAUAAAAGAAAUAAUUUUGAACCUCCAAAAAUAAUUAGAAAUACGUCUUCAAGAGUUGAUGAUGAUGUAAUUUAAAUUUAAUCUUAUUAGUAAUUAUAAACUGAAUAAUAAUAAUAAUAGAAUAAUGAUCCUUAGAAUAAUUAAGGUGAUAUUACAUAAUAAUAAUAAUAAAAUUAAUAGUAAGAAAAAAUAGUUGAAAAUACUAGAGAUUAAUAAGAGGAUACUUAAUAAAAUACAAAUUAAUCUAGAAAUCAAUAUAAAGGUCAUGAUAAUUAAAAUAGAGGCUACAGAUAGAAUUAUAAGUAAUAAAAUAAAUAUAAUAAUAAUUAUGACAGAGAAUAAAAUAACUAAGAUUAAAAUGAAUUAGAUAAAGAGGAUUAAAAUUAAUUUAAAAAUAAUAAUAGUUAUAAUAAUAAAUAUAGAGGAGGAAAUAGAGAUAGAUAAUAAAAUAGAAAUUAAAAUUAGAAUGAUAAUAAUAACUAAGAAGAUUAAAAUGAUAGAGAAAAUAGAGAUCAUUAAAGAGGAGGUUAAAGAAAUUAUUAAAAUAAUAGAGGAAAUUAUAAAAAUUACAACAAUAGAAAUAACAGAAACAAUGAUAAGGAUGGUGAUGAUGAUGUGAAUAAUGAUUAGGAUAAUUAUAAUAAAAGAAAUAAUGAUGGAAAUAAUAAUCGAAAUUAUAAUAGAAAUAAUAAUGAUUAAGAUAACACUAGAAAUUAUAAUAAGGAUAACUAUAGAAACAAUAAUAAAAAUUAAAGAGAUAAUCGAGGAUAUGAGAAUAAGUAAUAAGGUUAAGGAGAUGAAGAUGGUUAAAAAAAAUAAAAUUUUAGAGGACAUCAAAAUGUAUUGAUAUUAUUUUGAAUAUAGAAUGAGAUAAAGGAAUUUGCAUUCGUUCAUCAUCAUGAUAAAUAAAAGAAAGAACCAUAAAAGGGAUUAAUAAAAUCAUCAAAUAUAUUCGACGUGUUUUAAGAGUGA